CAAAUCCCACUCUCCCUCUCUGAUUUCACUGUCUCGCUCACCAUCUCUCUGCUUUUUCGAUAUUGACUCCAUUUGCUCUCUGACCACAGACAAUCAUGCUGUCCCCCACUCCACUCUCACUCUUUUGUGCUGUGCUUCUCUGCUUACCCCUCGCCGUUGUCUUCACCGUCAGGACCCCACUAGCAUUACCACCAUCACCACCACCAACACCAUCAGCAGCCAUGAAAAUCCAGAAACCAUUGUUGUACACAAGCUCGAUUGCACCCAAAACUAUCAGAAAAUGGAGCUUCAAUCCACCACUGCGCCACCAUUAUCGCCACCCCCAGAAGCCAUUGUUGUUACCAAGCUCGAUCUUACCCAGAACCACCAGGAAAUGGGUCUUGAAUCAACCACUGCGCAACCAUUACCGCCACCCCCAGAUGACGAAGACUCGCUCUUCCGAUCUGCAUCCCUAGCUAACCCAAAGCCCUCUCCCCGAACUUCACCCAAAAAGGUCGCUUUCAUGUUCUUAACCACCGCGGCUCUCCCAUUUGCACCACUCUGGGAACUAUACUUCAACCAAACAAGUAAAAACCUAUUCAACAUCUACGUCCAUGCAGACCCCACUUACCAGUACGAGCCCCCGUUCUCGGGCGUCUUCGCUCACAGAGUCAUCCCCUCCAAACCCACCCGCCGUUACACCCCAACUCUGACCUCCGCAGCGCGUCGGCUACUUGCUCGCGCGCUUCUCGACGACCCUUCCAAUGCCAUGUUCGCCCUUCUCUCUCCCUCCUGCGUACCACUCCACUCCUUCAAGUUCACUUACAAAACCGUGAUAAGCUCCAAGAAGAGCUUCAUCGAGAUUCUCCAGAACGAGGGCGGGGCGUUUGGGAGGUGGGCAGCGCGUGGGGAGGACGCGAUGCUGCCGGAGGUGAAGCUGGAGGAGUUUCGAAUAGGGUCGCAGUUCUGGGUGCUGACACGCAAGCAUGCGAGUCUUGUGGUGCGUGACCGGAGGCUUUGGGCCAAGUUCAAGCUGCCUUGCCUGGUGUGGAGCACGUGUUACCCCGAGGAGAAUUACUUUCCCACUCUACUCAGCAUGCGGGACCCACGGAGGUGCGUUCCAGCGACGCUGACGCACGUGGACUGGAGGGGGCGGUUUGACGGCCACCCUCGCACGUACGAGGCUUCAGAGGUGGGACCAAAUUUGAUCUUAUCGCUUAGAAAGGAUCGUCCAAGGUACGGUGACGAUAGAACGAACGGUUCGGAUUCAUCUGUGUCCAAAAGGCGUGACCCGUUCUUGUUCGCCAGAAAGUUCUCCUUCGAUUCCAUUGAACCGUUGAUGAGUAUAGCCAACGACGUUCUAUUCAAAGAUUAGAAUGGAGUGGCGUUGUUUGUAAACUUCUGAUGUUGACGGAUAAUUGUAUAAAAAACAUAUAUAUUUGUGGAACAAAAAGCCAAUAAUGGUUUGGUAUUA